CUAAACCUAAACCAUAAUUCAUCAGCCGUCCUUCUGCAGCAUCAGCAUUUUAUCUCUCCACAUUUUCCAGGAGAGUGGACAAUCCACUUCCUCUUCAGCUCACGCAAUGAAUGCUGCUGCCGGUGCUGCCAUGGCGGAGAGCUGAGUCUCACUCACAAACUUCCGCCAUGGCAUUUCCUCCUCAACGAUUCAUGGCUUUUGCCAAACAAUCCAGGUACUCUUUAUCCUCUCUCUUCUCACAAUCCCCAUUUUCUCAAUGUUCCACCAUUGAAGCUUCCUGCAACUUUCAACAACAAAAAGAUGAAGAAAAUCUCAUAAAUAAUAGUAUUGUUCAACACCCAACUUUUACUAAUCCUUGUAAUAUUGACGAAUCUAAGGUUCUUGCUGAACUCUCAGAUCUUUUAGCAGUUCAUCGAACAACUACAAUCCCUUUAAAUUUAUAUUCACCCGAUUCAGUGAAAACCCUAAUUGAAAAUCAAACCCUAAUUAGGGUUUCCCCUGAUGGGUUUUUACCGCUAGAAGAUAAAUUAGGUGGGGUUUUUCUCCAGAAAUUGAAGGGUAAAGCUUUGAUUCAGAAUGCUUUAACUGCAGCUUUAGGUAUUGCAGAAUUAAGUGUUGAUGUUGUUUCUAGGGUUUUAGAUAGAGGGGACUUAGGGGGUGAGGCUAUGGUUUUGUUUUUUAAUUGGGCGAUUAAGCAAGCUAGUGUUGGUAGAGAUUUAGAGGUGUAUCAUGUGAUUCUUAAGGCUUUGGGGAGGAGGAAGUACUUUGAUUUUAUGGUGGAUAUGUUUUUGGAAAUGUGUGUAGAAGGGAUUAGUAUGAAUUGCGAAACACUUGAGAUUGUGAUGGAUAGUUUUAUCCGGGCUCGAUGCAUAUCUAGAGCGGUUGAGAUCUUCAGGAAAUUGGAUGAUUUUGGGAUGAAGGGUGAUACUGAGGAAUUCAAUGUUCUAUUGAAGUGCGUGUGUAAACGGUCCCAUGCGGGCACUGCAAAUUCACUGCUAAAUUCUAUGAGGGGGAAAAUGGUAUUUGAUUGUGUGACUUACAAUACAGUGAUCGGUGGGUGGGCGAAGUUAGGUAGGGUUAGUGAAAUGGAGAAGUGUUUGGAAGGGAUGGUGGAAGAUGGGUUUUGUCCGGAUUGUAAGACGUAUAGUUGUCUUAUUGAAGGUUUGGGUAGAGCUGGGCAAGUUGAUGAUGCUGUUAAGAUUUUCAAAAGCAUGGAAGAUCAAGGGUGUCAACCUGAUGUAGGAGUAUAUAAUGCGUUAGUUACUAACUAUGUCUCUGUUGGUAAUUUUGAUGAAAGUAUGAAGUAUUACGAAGAAAUGUCAAAAAAUGAUUGUCUGCCGGACAUAGACACUUAUGCAAAAAUUAUUUGUGGAUUGCUAAAGGCUCGAAAAGUGGCUGAUGCCCUUGAAAUGUUUGACGAGAUGUUACGUCAAGGAGUCAUUCCUACCACUGGUAUGUUAACCUCUUUUAUUGAGCCCUUGUGUAGUUAUGGUCCGCCUCAUGCUGCCAUGACGAUCUAUAAAGGUGCUAGAAAACGUGGAUGUAUGGUAUCACUGACUGCUUAUAAGUUGUUGCUUAUGAGGCUUUCUCGAUUUGGUAAAUGUGGAAUGCUUCUGAAGUUGUGGGAUGAGCUGCAGGAGAGUGGACAUUCCCCUGACAUGGAUGUUUAUGAGUAUAUUGUUAAUGGAUUGUGCAACAACGGACAACUUGAGACUGCUGUAUGUGUUAUGGAGGAGGCUCUGCAUAUGGGGUUUUGUCCAAGCAGGCUCAUGUAUAGCAGACUGAAUAAGAAACUCAUGUCCUUUGGUAAAGUAGAGAAGGCUUAUAAGCUUUUUCUGAAGAUAAAACAAGCCCGUGUUAAUGAAAAUGCUAGGAGAUACUGGCGUUCAAAUGGCUGGCAUUUUUAAGCUGGCUAUUUCUGGAAGUGUCGAAUGAUUUUGCAUCACAUAGAUGUUCAAUGCCAUUCUCUUGCUAAAAGUCACUUUGCAGAUGACAAUAUUGUGGUCAGUAACGACAGGGCUUGGAUCUUUGAAAUAAUUUGCAUCUUAUUUAUACGUGCUUCAUUCAAUAUCAUACUGGUAAGGUUAAGUUUGAUUUCCCAGGUAAAAAACUUUUGUUCGGAGAGGAGGAGAUUUGCUACAAUAUCGAUGUGGUGAUCUGAAGCAAUGCCUUUGAUAAAGGAGCAGAGUAGGUAUUCAGGUCAUGACACUUGUAGCGGCGAUUGAGCUCCAACAUCCAACUACUGAAAGUUAUCUUCGUCUUUUUGAACAAAUGUGACUCCUAUUUUUGUAUGGUAUUAAGAUUUGUAUUCUUUAUAGCUUAUGCUAAUUGGAAUGAUUGGAAUCCUUAAAGAUGUGUUGUUUGAGGUUAAUGUACAUAGACUUGGAAAUUAUUGGUAUUUAUACAAGUAGUUAAUGUACAUAAACGAAAUUUUCCAAGAGAAUCAGAGUAGUUAAAUGAAGUUUAUGUUAGAAGAUCAAA